CAGGUGCAUUCAAUUCAAACGCCCGCAGGCUACGCAAGCAAGCAGCAGACAUCGGUUCUCUUUAAAACUUUUUACUUUUCAUUAAAAAGAAAAAAAACCACUUAACAAGACAACGAGAUUCCCCAAAAUAUCAUAAAAGUUUAUUUGGAUUCACAAGCAUUUGAAGUGAUGCACGGAACGUGAGAGCACAGCUGAAGUGGAACUUAACGCUGUGAAGGGAAAUUCGUGGCAUUUCAACUAUUUGAAUAAGCACAGGUGAAAGAAAAUGUCCGCGCUGCCUCAGGUGGUGUGGCACACAGGUUCCUCUCUGGGUGAAGAUGCUGAGAAGAAUGCAGACCAACCAGAGUGCUCCAUUUGCUUCAACUCCUACGACAACAUCUUCAAGACCCCCAAAGUCUUGGAGUGUACCCACACCUUCUGCUUGGAGUGCCUCUCCAGGCUGCUGUCGGCCGUGUCUACUGAGCAGAGCACCGGACACAUCCCCUGCCCUUUCUGUAGGCAUCUCACCACCAUGCCAGAGAAAGGGCCACCAGCGCUCACCACCAGCCAAGAAGUCCUCUGCAAGCUCCCAGCCCACCUUCAGCAGGAGGAGCCGGUCUGGAUGGAAGGAGCCAUGCUGUGCUACAAGAAGUCCCCUGACUCCAGCACCUCGGACUUCUGUAUCUGCAUAGACAUCGGGAUUACAAAGUCCGAGAACGCUGUGGAAGUGGCCCCGGCGCCCUCUCGCGGCCUCCUGUCACGCUGCGGUUUGCUAAAUGACUGGAAGAGGUUGCUCCUCUUCAUCAUACUCAUGGUCAUGCUGGUGUGCAUCAUACUGUGGCCUCUGCAGUGUGUCUUUACUACGGGAAGCCUUAGAUGCUUCAGCAAGUCAAACGCAUCUAUAAGUAGUGUGACAACUAUUAGUACCACCAGGAACUAAAACCACUGUAGUGCUCAGCCAGUCAGACACUCGGCGCUUGCUUCAAUGCAAUGUACCACUUUUACUUUUGGGAGUGGUUAGAACGUUUGUCAUGGAAGGUGUAGAAACCUGAAGCUGACCUGAUGCAUUACUUUAUUGAAUGGCAGGUCAUAUCCAGCACGCUGUUUUAUGUGUGUUUGUGUGUGUGUGUCUAAUAUAUAUAUAUAUAUAUAUAUAUAUAAUAUAUAUGGAUUACUAGAAAUCCACCCCAGAGUAUUUGCAAUUCAAUACAACCUAUGCAAUGACAUAAGUGUAGCUGUACUGUAAGUUAACUGUAACAUUUUAUCCUGGAAAGAAACAGAAAAAGUAUUGCCUUGCUUGAUAAAUAAUGAACAGUAACCUUUGCACCCUACAGCUAUGGCCAAAGGUUUUGCAUCACCUAGAAUUGUAGGAUUGAGACAUAAUUAAAAAAACAAAACAAACAAAAAAAACGGUAUGAACAUAAUUUCAUGUAAUCAAAGAAACUACAAAGUUAUAAAUAAGUCUACCAGAAGCCAUAAUUGUAGUACAGUAUUUCAUAUUAGAUUUCGAAAUGUAUAAAGUAUAUGGGAAAACUACAAACCGGAAUGUAAUUCAAUAUGUUAACAUAACAUUUGUACUGCUAAAAGUUUACUUUGUUAUUGAACAAAAUGUUUGCUCUUUAUUGUUGACUCCAGGUGAUGGUGAUUUCUGUGUUAACCAAAUGUUUCUUGCACAGUGUAGUCACACAACACACUGUGUUUAUGCAAGCCAAAGAACAUGAAUAAUCUCUGCAUCAAAAUGAAGGGAUUGUGAUACGUACCAUCUUUGUGAUGAACUGUUACUUACAUCCAGUAACAAUAGUUCAGCCAAGAAACAACACUGCCUUAUCAUUGAUGUGUUUUCAACGCAGGGAUUAGAGGAUGAAAUCACUGUCUUGAAGUUAAAUUGGAGCGUACAGUAGUGUAACUACCGGCUGGUUUCACAAAUUUAUCCACCUAAAAUAAGAGUCUGUGGAACCAGCCACAGUGUAUUGGGAAGGAAUGUUAAAUGGUGCAUUUAUUAUGAGUGCAAUAACACCAGGACAGGCUGUUAACUUCACUAAUAUUUUAUUAUAGGAAGAUAUUUGACCUUGAGUGGAGUCUGGAGCAUUGCCUAGCCCUAAUGCAGUUCUAUAUGUUCUUAUACAUUCCAUCAUUCCAAUGUAUUGCCAAUUGUCAUUCUGUACAAUUUACUUUCUAUUGCAGAAAUCAUAGCUACAUAUAUACUGUAUAAGUAAAUCAAAUGUAAAGAAUAUUGGGAAGUGAUCAUCAUGAUUUUAAAGACAGGUGAAAUAUUUUACCCAUUUUGUUGAGGUAAUCGAGAGAAUAAUCAAGCCCAAGUGCUGUUUCUUAUUGUAAGGAUCUGGUACUCCAUGUAGUCCUGUUUUAAAAGAGCACUAACCAAUGCUUUGAAAUCCAUUCGUACCCCUUUCUAGUGGUAGUACUGUCUGCAUAUUCCAAAUUGAAAUCUGAAAUACCAGAAACAGGCAAAUGAUCUUCAAUAGAAGAAUAGGGACCUCUUAAAGUGUUAGUAAGAGGUGAUUAGCAUGUGUCAAAUCAUUUGAUCACAUUAGUAGCACUUUUAGGCAAGGAAAUAGAUUUUUGAAACCUUGGUUUUGGUCUUUUUUUAACCAUCUCAAGUUUAACAUGGGUCUUUCUCCUUUUUAGAGUUAAAAACUACAAACAUAAUGUGUGCACCAAGCAGAGCAUAACAAAGAUACAAUAACAAACAUUACGACACACAGUUUUAGUACUUGCAUGUAGUAAUACAAAACAGUGUUUUAACAUGUUGCUGUAAAUAGUGUCAUGUUCCAUAAUGAAAAAAAAUAAUGCCAUAAAUGUAUAUUUUGUAGAUUGUAAAUGUCAUUGUUAUGGUACUGUAUUUUUGCAUUUUGCUGUGUAUAUAUAUUUUUUUUAUAUAUAAAAGACUGCAAUAAACAUUUUAUUAAAACA